UCCACCACUGACACACAUAAAACUGCGUCUUCUUCUUCUUCUUCUUCUUCUUCUUCUUCUAGGUCUUUCUGUUUCCGGGAUCUCUCUCUCUCUCUCUCUCUCUCUCUCUAGAAUUGAAGAACUGAGAAGUGCCUGCUUGUAUCUAAUCUGUACAUCCAUGGGCGGGACUGUGAAAGACGUGCAAUCGAAGCAGGAGCUGGACACUCUGGUGCGGAGCGGCGCACCGGUUAUCCUGCACUUCUGGGCUUCCUGGUGUGAAGCUUCCAAGCACAUGGACCAAGUCUUUUCCCAUCUCUCCAUCGAUUUCCCUCACGCCCAUUUCUUUAGGGUUGAGGCUGAAGAACAGCCUGAGAUUUCUGAGGCUUUUUCGGUUUCCGCUGUGCCCUUUUUUGCCUUCUCCAAGGAUGGUAAAACCGUUGAUACAUUAGAGGGUGCAGACCCGUCUAGUUUGGCUAAUAAAGUUGCCAAAGUCGCUGGGUCAGUGAACCAUGGAGAACCUGCUGCUCCGGCCAGCCUUGGGUUGGCUGCCGUACCCACUGUCCUUGAAACCGUGAAAGAGUUUGCAAAAGUAAAUGGGUCUUCCAGUGUGGAAAACCAAGAGAAACCCGGUCUUAGUGAUACGUUAAAGGUGCGAUUGCAGCAGCUGAUCAACUUACACCCAGUUAUGCUAUUCAUGAAAGGAAGUCCUGAUGAGCCCAGGUGUGGAUUUAGCCGAAAAGUAGUUGACAUUUUGAAGAAAGAAAAGGUCAAAUUUGGGAGUUUUGAUAUUCUGUUGGACAAUGAAGUUCGUGAGGGGUUGAAGAAGUAUUCUAACUGGCCAACCUUUCCUCAGCUCUAUUGUAAAAAUGAGCUUCUUGGUGGGUGUGACAUUGUAAUUGCAAUGCAUGAGAGUGGGGAAUUAAGGGAAGUUUUUAGAGACCAAGGAAUUGAGUCAGUCGAUUCUGAAAAUGCAAAUGCAAAAGUGACUGAAGCCGGAAGUGGAAAGGGUGGCAUCUCAGAAUCUACAGACCUGAGUACAAUCCUCGGAUCUCGAGUUGAAAGCCUUAUUAAUUCAAGCCCAGUUGUGCUGUUUAUGAAGGGGAAACCUAGCGAACCCAAGUGCGGUUUCAGCCAUAAAGUAGUUGAAAUCCUUAGGCAAGAAAAGGUGGAUUUUGAGUCGUUUGACAUUCUUUCUGAUGAAGAAAUUCGUCAAGGUCUGAAGGUUUAUUCAAAUUGGUCCAGCUAUCCUCAAUUAUAUAUCAAGGGCGAACUUAUUGGCGGAUCAGACAUUGUAUUGGAGAUGCAAAAAAGUGGGGAACUUAGGAAAGUGCUGGCUGGAAAAGGAAUUGUUCAGAAAGAGACUAUUGAAGAUCGUUUGAAGAAAUUGAUAGCUUCUUCACCAGUAAUGCUCUUCAUGAAGGGUACACCAGAUGCUCCCAGAUGCGGUUUUAGCUCCAAAGUCGUUAAUGCCCUUAAAGAGGAGGAUGUGAGUUUUGGCUCCUUUGACAUCUCAACUGAUGAGGAAGUUAGGCAGGGGCUGAAAGUCUUUUCAAACUGGCCAACCUUUCCGCAGCUUUAUUACAAAGGGGAACUCAUAGGUGGCUGCGAUAUAUUGUUGGAGCUUAAGAACAAUGGAGAGCUAAAAUCUACUCUGACAGAGUAGAAUUUUACUUUGGUGUGGUUUUGCCAGAAGAUUCCGUCAAAAACUUUCCAAUGUUAAGUUUGUCAUAAAAGUGCCUCAGACACACUUGUUCCAAAAGAUUGUUUAGACACUUUCUCAAAGCGUUCCGAUGCUAUGAUAUGGAUUUCCGAUAUAAUUAAUGUUUCAUAUUCCAAAUUUUGAUAAAUCUUAGCUACCAAUUAGUUUUGCUGCUUGGUUCUUUUUGUCGUAGCUUAUGUAGUUCUUGUAUGUGACAUAUUAGUAUCGUUGAAUUCCUAGUUUUAUUACU